CUCAGUAACAAGAGUAAUGUAUGCGAGCAGAAGACCAUGCCUUUGUAUCCAGAAUUGUUUAAGGAUGACGGAUUAAGCUAUGGAGGGGCCAUCAAAGGUAGGGCGGAGGUGAUGGCUGAACAUUCAAAGGCCAGAAGUCGGCCUCCUAACAUGGGUUGCAGCAUCGAGUCAUUUGGGCACAUAUGUCAGAAAUUUGAUGACAGGCGAAGACGUUGGGUUUGUGAGAUGGGAUUUGGCAGUCAUUUACAUCUUGCUUUAGAUAUGCAUUUACCAAGGCAAUUGGCAUACUGGGUCAUCACACGGAUGGAUCCAAUCAGUAAAAUGCUUAGGAGUCCCAACGGACUUGAGUUUCGGUUUUCAAAUAAUCAGGUUCGGUGGGUACUAGGGAUACCAAUGGGUUCUAGAAUUGUUCCUAGUACUAUAACCAUGACCCAACAUGAUCGUGUGAAGGUUCAGAGAUUUAUUCUCAAGUAUGGUAAAUUGUGGGAGUCCAAGUCUGGUUGA